AUGGGUUUUCUUCACAAGCUUUGGGAUGAAACACUCGCCGGCCCGGCACCUGAAACCGGCCUCGGCAAGCUCCGCAAGUUCGACUCCUUGUCUAGCCCGGCUUCGCCGAGUAUGGUCUGCGACGAGGUGCCCGUCACUCGGAGCAUUACAAUUCUUAGGACCACUUCUUCCACUUUUGGAAACCUGUCACCGAAUUCCGGGUCCCCCUCGGAGUCCCCAACUACACCGGGCACUCCGAAAAGCCCGGGAACACCAGGUGCAAUGAACAAGAAAUUAACAAGGAGGAAGUCGUCAGCUGAUGCUUUGGAACGCGCCGAACCUAGAAGUCCGACUGGUUACGAUUGGAUGGUAAUUGCUGCUUUGGAUCGUUGA